AUGACUUCUGGUGAACAAAACAUGCUCACACAACUGGAAAAUAUGAUAUGGCAUUCCUUGGACAACCAUUUGUAUAAAAAUGCAGUUUUUCUUGCAGGAAGAUUACACGCGCAAGAUCACAGCAACGAGAAUUCGCGUUUCCUACUGGCAACAUGCCUUUAUCGUAACGGACAAAGGAAAGCCGCAUAUAUGUUAUUAAAGGAAGCUCAGACGUUAAAAUGUAGAUAUCUAUUUGCAAAAUGCUGCUUAGAACUUGAUAAAGCAGAAGAAGGCAAAGAAAAGCUCGUGUCGAUCUUGCCAGAGGUUGAGGAAAUGGAUCCCUUUGGCAAGAAUAAUCAACCCGACGCGUCCGCAGUUUUCUGCCUGCUAGUAAUCAUGAAUUCUACGGCUGUAAUUGACAACCGAGAUAAGAAACGCUCUCGCAUCUCUAACGAUGAAAAAAAUUUAAUUGGACCAGAGGACGAAAAGAAACGAUCUAGGUUAACCAGAGAUGGAAAAUUGGUCACAAAUGUGGAGAAUGAAGUUACUGAAGCCUUGCAAAAAACUACAUUGGACCCCCAGACCGGAUUAGAAAGUGUUGGAACGAUUGAUAGAAUGGAAGAUAUUCAAUGUAAAAAUGAAAUAUUAGAUGUGUUAAGGCAAUUAGCUAAAGGUUAUGGAUAUUUAAGUCAAUACGAAUGUGCCAAAGCCGUUAAAGCUUUUACGGAACUUCCUACCUCGCAUAGAAAUACAGCAUGGGCCGAAAAACAUUUUAUAAGAGCGCGACAACUGGAACCUUAUCGCCUCGAAGAUAUGGAAUUAUACUCAACAACAUUAUGGCAUUUGCGCAAGGAUCCAGCUCUUAGUGCUCUCGCGCAUGAGCUUGUUGAGUUCGAACGCAGAUCACCUCAAGCUUGGUGUGCGGUCGGAAAUUGCUUCAGUCGGCAGCAGGAACAUGAUUUGGCAUUGAAGUGCUUUCAACGAGCAAUACAGCUUGAUCCCUCGUUUACCUAUGCUCACACCUUAUCUGGUCAUGAAUGUAUGGCGAAUGCGAAUUACAAGGAUGCACAAAAACACUUUAGAAAUGCCUUAAGCACGAACAGGCGCCAUUACAAUGCUCUGUACGGUCUGGCGAAUUAUUUCAUCACGUGCGGUAAAAUACAAGAGGCAGAGAAACAUUAUAAAUUGGCCAUGGAUAUUAACCCGAAUCACGCUGUCCUUAUGUGUUGCUUGGGGAAGGUGCUAGAAAAGAUGGGUGACCCUGAAAAGGCUCGUGUCCUUUAUGAUCAAGCAUGUCAAGCAGCCCUCGCAGAAUUGGAAAAACUUAAAAAGAUAGUUCCCACUGAAGCCAAGAUUUAUUUUCUUGUGGCAAAGAUUUAUAAGGCGAUGGGUGAUCGAACAGAAGCUACUCAAAAUUUCACAUUAGCUUUGCAUUAUGAUCCCAAGAUGAUGCAUGUUGUUAAAACUGCCAUGGAAAGACUUGAUUCCGAUCCAGAGAUAACGAUGACUUCCAUGAUAUCAGAUGCGAUUAAUUAUGGGAGUCAAGGGGACGAAGAGGAUACGCAUGAACAGGAGCAAGUGAGUCAGGUGCAUGCUCAAAACGACAGGGAAGAAGA